AUGCCUCCUCGAUUCCGCUUCGCAAUCUCCUCCUCUCCUUCCCUCACCCUCCGCCGCCUCUAUUCCACCGCAGAGCCCCUCAUCCGCGUCACCAACCUUCCCGCAGCUUCAAGCGGCCACAUCCGCAUCCUCGAGCUCAACCGGCCCAAGGCCCGAAACGCAAUCUCCAAGGAUCUGCUCGCCUCUCUGCGCGCGGAGAUCCACGACGUGCAGAACCAGUACGGCCCCGACGGCGAGGAGGUUGCUCCCCCACAGCGCUUCGGCGGAGCGGCUGGCGUGGACGAGAAGGGCCCUACGAGAGCUCUGAUCAUCGCCAGUGCCGUCGAUACGUGCUUUUGCGCGGGUGCCGACUUGAAAGAGCGACGAGGUUUUACCCAGGAAGAAACUGCCAAGUUCCUCUCCGACCUGCGCGGCGCCUUCACCGACCUCUCCAACCUCCAAAUCCCCACAAUCUCCGCAAUCUCCUCCCUCGCCCUCGGCGGCGGCCUCGAGCUCGCCCUCUCCACCCACUUCCGCGUCCUCUCCUCCAACGCCACCGUCGGUCUCCCCGAGACCAGGCUCGGCAUCAUCCCCGGCGCCGGCGGCACCUUUCGCCUGCCCGCCAUCGUCGGCCUCUCCCGCGCCCGCGACCUCAUCCUCACCGGCCGCCGUGUCGCCGCUCCGGAGGCUUACUUCCUCGGCAUCGCUGAUCGCCUCGUCGAGGUUCUGCCCGAGGACGAGCGGGAUGGCGCUGAUAUCCUGCAGACGGCGCGCAAGUCUGCGCUCUCCGAGGCCGUCAGGCUGGCGCAGGAAAUCUGCGAGGGAGGCCCUAUUGCUAUCCGCGCCGGCCUGCAGGCCGUCGCCUGGGCUAGGGAAGAGAAGGAAAAUGAAAUGUACAAGAGGGUUGUCAACACUGAAGACAGAAAUGAAGCCCUGAGGGCAUUCCAGGACAAGCGAAAGCCUGUCUUCAAGGGCCGGUAA